AGGCAGAUUGCAUGCAAUACUGGCGUACUUUUGCAGAAUUUUUAUUGCCAAUAGUUCUCAGGGCGGAGUUGAGACAUACAUUGCUCAAAGAACCCAAAACCGACAUUAGCGCCCCGCACUUCUUCCCAAUGGUCUCCUUGCUCCUCCAACAAUCACAUGCCUACGGUAGCCCUGGUACUCCACUCGACUGAGCAGCAGCAUUUCGAAGAAAGUGAUAAGUAUUUUAAUGAUGGUAAAACCCAGUACAAUCUAACGGGGAACUUCCGGCACUGAUUGGAAUGGACUCGAAAAGGG